GAACAAGAUGAAGGGUCCAACUGACUCGCACUGGGCGGAGGCGUAUUACCAUCAGCAAGCUCAAGCCCGCAAGAAUCGAGCCUGGAAGAGUGUAUUUCGUCCAUCCGCCAUCGCGUCAUACCUCGCCAUAGCUGGGCGAAUCAUCGUAGGGCCACUAGCUCUGCUUCUGCUAUUCACUUUGACCGGAUACUUAUCGGACGCCACCGUCUUCAUCGAAGCCGACCGCAGCAUCUUCGCAUUCACGGAACGUGAUUCAUCCAUGGCUGGCGGCUGCACGGGGUGCUUAGGUCCGUGCAAGAUCGUCAUGCUCAAGUACAAACUACUUGAAGGAGUUGCCAUAACUUCUGCACCUCCAUUCUUCACGUUCACAUCCCUCCCACCGACGGAAUCUCUGUACGAUUUCAGCUCUCUCAGUGACGAAGUACUCGCGUUCUCGGAAGCUCUGGAUGCGAAUGGCACACUGUGUCAAAGUAGCAAGAACGAAUGGGGGACAUCACCUAUCGUCGUCACGGGAUCAGCGCAAGAAUUAUUGAACAUCGUUCACAUGGCCAACCUCAAUCUCUCGCCUCAGAUGGUGCGCGAACUCGAGUUAGCCAUCGAACGAGCCGAUGAGUGCGUCACCGGGUGGACGAUGAUGUCGGUCGUACGGCUUUUCCAGUACCCGACAGCUGAGGGCAGCUCUGAAUUCGGCCAAGUCCCGGCUGUAGAUACUCAUAUCUUUCCAGACUACACAGAGUGUCGUCCUGUGGUUGAGAUUGAUGACAGUCUUGUUGGCUCUAAGUUAGCGCUCGACACAAACGGUCAAGACCCUCUGAAGGUAGUUCCUGACCAGCUGACGCUGUUUCCGUACAGCUUCACAAGUAGUUUGCCUCCGAUCCCACGCUCUGUUCCUGCCGAUCCGUCAAAGACGAAGACGGGAGCGACUAGCGUCGUACAGUCUUAUCUUCGAGCUUAUUACGGUGGAUGUCGUGUACGCGCAGUGAACACGACUGGUAUAUACAUUGAAGACACGUGUGCGAUCUCAAAACAUUGGGUUGGAUACGGCUUAAUGGUGCAUUCUCCUGACGACAUCCCGCUCUGUAGUACGGGCGAUGUAUGUAUUCACAAUUAUUUCAACUCAUUGUGGGAAUGGGAGCACUACGUCGCUGCUGAUAGACCCGAUCGAGUGGGUAUGAACCUCAAUACAUUUCGAAGCCGAUACGCCGACACUGUCGCGAUCAGCGUUCUACCCGGUGUAGUCGUGGGUCAGAUACUCCUCAUGGGUGUCGUCAGUCUCUACCAGGUGAUGUCGCACAAGCGCUCUGUGCUUUUGACGCAAAUAUGGGCGUAUCGAUGCCAGAAUGGACGCAUGCAGGUGAUUUAUCUAGCCCAGAUCUCGUACCACCUCCUCUACAAUUCGGACUUGUACAUGCUCGGACUGGCAACUGGUACACUCACAGGCGAGUCGAUUGCGAAUUUGACGUGCUGUGUUUUCGCCUUCUCCUACUCGUUCGUUAACCUCAUGAAGGCUCGCUCGGGAGAUCAGCAACUGGAUCGUCAUUUCCGUCUCAUUUGGGAGGCAAUGCAGAUCGUAAUUACCACUAUCGUUGGAUGUUUGCUACUCUCUUGGCAAAAGGCACCGUUCGAGUCCAUUCUGGCCCAGAAUGCCGAGAUUUUACGUAAAACAUCAGCCCGUGGUGCCAAAUACUGCGGGUUGAACGACGCCUGUGUACUUUUCACUGUGAACUUCCCUUCUGUCAUCGCAGUGCUAUCGGUGGGCUUCGGCUUCGUGGCUGUGGUCGCAUCACUUUUAAUGAAAAGGAUGGCUCCGAAGGCUAGUAGAUCGGUCCGUGGCUCUUACGUGACACCGAAAAUUGCUGUUGCCGAUGUGAAUGGCAAGAAACAAGCAGCAUACGAAGCUGAGAAUGAUGAUCUCACGUCAUUCGAGCGAAAUUGCCUUGGGUCUCCAUUCCACAAACUCUUUUCCGACUGCGACGAGAUCACCUACGUUACGUACAACGGCAAGCGAUGCACCACAGUAGAAGCUCUGUUGCUGACGGGGUACCUUUACUAUGGGCAACACAUUUACCAAGCGUCCUCGGUGAUGUUGUUGCUAGUGGCGAGAUUGGUGCCAGCGAAAAUCUUGCGCACAUUCAACGUGCUGCUUCUACGUUGGCACGUGGACCCGAUUGAAGGCACGUUAUCUCACGCCUUAUCCUGCACUUGGUACGCUGCCAGCGCAGAGGACCACAAGAUGGCUGCAGCCACACCAGUGGCCUAGUACGGCUACCGCUGGAACGUUAUGGAUGCACAAGCAUGUGUGACGUAAGGAGCAAUGUGCUCAACCAGCUCUUGCAUUCACUGUGCAACACCAUGUUGCAUGUCUUGCAAAAAAAAAAAAAAAAA